ACGUAGGUUGUUUAUUAACAACAACUUACGCCCUAUAAAAGACAUCACACUCAAAGCAACUUUACAGUUGUUCUUGACAGAAAGGUUAGAAGCAUAUCAGUUUCUGGGAGGACCAAAUUGCCGCCAAUAGCCACAUCCAAAAGACAUUGGACCACAUCUUGCUCCCUUGCCUGUUUGCCGUACGCCAUGAAGAUUUACUCCAUUGGUCUUAUUUUGACUAUCGCCAUGGUAGUCAACAGAGUGGUUUCUCAGAAUUUUGUAAAUUUGGGUUGCUGGGGUGACAAGCCAAACCGGGCAGUUCCUACUUUAGAAGGUAAAGAUCCCAUCCUUGACGGGCCUUACUGGAAAAGAGAAAACCCAAUCGAGAAAUGCUACCAAGCUGCAAAGAAACGCGGGUACCAGUAUUUCGCCAUACAGCACGGUGGAUGGUGUGCCUCUUCCAGUGACGCUGGGCAGACAUAUAAGAAAUAUGGGGCUUCAAACAGAUGCCAACCAGAUGGAGAAGGUGGACCAUGGUCCAAUCAAGUUUACAAGAUAUCGGACGGUAGCGGAAACCAGGAGGAAGGUGCCAAAAAUUAUGUUAAACUGGGUUGCUGGGCUGACAGGCCAUACCGGGCAGUUCCUAGUUUAGAAGGUCAAGAUCCCACCCUUGACGGGCUUUACUGGAAAAGAGAAAACCCAAUCGAGAAAUGCUACCAAGCUGCAAAGAGACGCGGGUACCAGUAUUUUGCCAUACAGCACGGUGGAUGGUGUGCCUCUUCCUGUGACGCUGGGCAGACAUAUAAGAAAUACGGAGCUUCUACCAGAUGUCAGUCAGAUGGAGAAGGUGGACCAUGGGCUAAUCAAGUUUACCAAAUACCAGACGGUAGCGGAAACCAGGAGGAAGGUGCCAAAAGUUACAAAAAAUUGGGUUGCUGGGCUGACAAGCCAGAACGAGCAAUUCCUACCUUAGAAGGUCAGGAUCCCAUCCUUGACGGGGCUUACGAGACAAGAGAAAACCCAAUCGAGAAAUGCUACCAAGCUGCAAAGAAACGCGGGUACGAGUAUUUCGCCAUACAGCACGGUGGAUGGUGUGCUUCCUCCAGAGACGCCAAGAAGACAUACAAGAAAUACGGGGCUUCUACCAAUUGCCAGUCAGAUGGAGAAGGUGGACCAUGGGCCAAUCAAGUGUACAAGAUAACGAAAGACAAGCAGGCUUCAUAAACCAACAGGAAACCAUAGCUUAUAAUACCCAUAUCGGUAUUCGGCCAAUUUACAUACUGACGAUCAAGAACGUUGAGGACUACGAUUUUUGAAUACAAUUCAUGGGAGGUGAAAUUAAUGUUAACUGGUGAACAAUAUAUACCAUGUGUUGGUGGCUAAAUACUUGCAUUACUAAAAUGUGUAUUUCUUGAUGAUAUAUCUGAUGACGUCUCUUUAAAGUGCUUGAUGUUCUUAUGAAAUAUCGCAAUUUGGAAACUUUAUGCCACUUUUAUCCCUUAUGCAUAAUUGUUUGUAAAAGAAACUCGAAUGUGGCAUGAAGAAAGAAAACUUUCAGGUAUUGAAAUAGGAAUGACAAAAUCACAAUGUUACUAAAGCACUAUUAAUACAAAUGAAACUGUAAUCAUUGGAAAUCAAAUGUAGUCAAAAUAAGGUCAAAGUAACGUUGUUGAUGGAACAUACUGCCUUCUCCAAAGAACAUCUGAUAUUGAUGUUUAGAAGUCAUUUUUUUCUGCUUUAUUAAGUAACGAUUACCCUCUAUUUCACUUUUGCUGUUUUUUAUGCUUAUAGUGUCAAUUCAAAUUACUUGGACUCUCUGGGUAAAAAGCGGGAAUAAAUCGGUUAUAAAAU